AUGAUUAAUAAUCUUAAAAUUGCCAAAACGAGAUUACGCAGUCGGAUUCGGAAAAUCCAAAAAGAAAUUGAAUCUUUUUUGCGGAAUAUUGAUUUAAAGUUCAUUGUUGUAAGAUGGUAUGAUGAUGCAUAUUUUGAAGCCAAUAUGUCUUAUCUGAAAGUUGGUAGAAGACCUGCAAAAGACGAUGAUGUUAUAAAAGAUUUAAAUCCCAGAAAAUACCAAAAUCGUACAGCACAAAGAAAACAUCAAGAAGAAAGAACAAACUAUAUAAAAGAUUUAGAAAGAAAAUAUAAACUCAGUCAAGAAAGUGUCGAAAUGUUAACAAAACAUAAUAAAGAACUUAAACUAAUUAUCGAAGAAUUAAAAAGAGAAAAUAAAGAAAAGAAAGAUUUUGAAAAAGAAAGGACUGAAUUUGAGAAAAGAAUAAAGGAUCAUGAAAUGAUAAUUAAUAAAAACAAAGAAGAUCAGAAGAUGGUUAUAGAAUUAAAUUCUAUCGAAGAUACCAUAUUAAAAUAUGAAGAAAAACAUAUUACAAACGAAAUCGAUGAAGAAAAUGAAAAGGAUGAAAUUAAUGAAACUUAUAUAGAUAAUUCUGAUACUGAUACUGAUAAUGAUACUGAUGAUAUUAAUUUAAUUAAUGAUAUUGAUAAUAAUUUUAUUAAUGAUACAGAAAUUGAUGUUGAUUCUUAUAUGUUUGAUGAAAGUUUAAUGAUGGAUAAUAAUUUGUUAUUACAAGCAAAUAUUAAUCCUAUAAUUCCU